CUUGCCACAGAAUACAACCGCGUUUUAAUAUUCAAGGGGCCAAUAGAGGGUAAAAUGCUUCCGGGUCACGUGAUAAGGACAGAGAAGGUGGCAAAUGAAGGGAGCUGCCGUGUGAGGUGUUUUUUGGAGCCCAACUGUGUGUCUAUUAAUGUCGGUCCUGCUGGCGACCAAGGACAGCGCACCUGUGAGUUAAAAAACUUUACAGAUGAAAGUCCAUCACAGACUGGCUUGCAGGAAGCGACAGGCCACAUUCACUAUUCAGCUGAGGUAUCAGAUAUUUUUGCUGAUUAUCAUUUAUGCUUGUCAGUCUUAAAUGUUAUUCGUGAAACGGGAAUUCGUUUAUGCUGGAUACAACUAAGACUGAUGGUAAUCAAUAGAAGAAAAACGUUUCAAUUUAGAAACAAUUUCACUUAAUUAAAAGUAAUCUAGUAAAACAAUAAUUGAUAGGAAAGAGAGCUUUUAAACUAAAAAACGAGGGGCAUUUGCAAACUUUCUGGGAACUAAUUACUAUUCAAUAACUAGUUAAUAAUUUUACAUGGAGUAUCUGCUAAAAUAAAUUUCUUUCCAACAGAACAUUUGUCACAGUAACCCAUGCCCUGGAGAGAACUUUAUCUGUCAGGUGGGCUUCACAGCUAAACGCUACCGAUGUGUUUGCCGUGAUGGUUUUAAAGGAGAAAACUGCGACGAAGGUAUGACUUGUUAG